AUGUCCAUGCCUCCUCAAACCGUACUUGUCAUUGGUGGCUCGGGAGCCCAGGGCAUACCAAUUGUCCAAGGUGGGUACUAUUCCCGUUGUAUAUGCAAACGACAUGCAAAAUCUGAGCUGAUCAAUAAUCCAAAAGAACUUUCACGCCAACCAAUGUACUCUAACAUUCGUGUCUUGACUCGCGAUUCAACCUCGCAAAAUUCCAAGCUCCUAGCACGCCUUCCGAGAGUUUCCCUGCAUCUAGGGCCCACCGAUGAUGAAGAAACUCUUAGAAGGGCGUUCGCCGGAGUAGACCUAGCAUAUGUGAACAUAAACAGCUUCGUUCUUGGAAUCAAGAAUGAGAUCUACUGGGGGAUUCGUAUAUAUGAGCUGGCAGCCCAAGCAGGCGUGAAACAUUUCAUCUGGUCAUCACUAGAUAACUACAUGUUCGAGACGCAGUACGAUGAUGCACUGCGAGUCGGUCACUACUACGGAAAGGCCCAUGUGGAGCAGUGGCUUUCUGCCAUUCCGCAGAUUGAAGAUUCAACGCGGUGGUCAAUUCUAACCACGGGGCCGUAUAUUGAAACACUCUUCGAGUUGCUGCGGCCCCGCCAGGAAGAAGACGGCACUUACGUCUUCGAAGCACCUCUUGAAACGGGUCGGUCCCGUUUGUGCACUUGGAAGACCUAG